AGGAGGGAGGCAGACCAGGAAGUGGUGAAGCCCAGCCCAUUGCUGUUCCCGGUGAGGCUCUGGGAUCAUGUCAGCCAGGAAUCCAGGCGUGGAGCUGGACCUUGGCUGGAUCUCAAAAGUGCAAGUGAAUCAACCUGCCAUUAUAAGGCAUGCAGAACAAAUUCAGACACGGAGAACUGUGAAAAAGGAUUGGCAAGCUGCUUGGCUACUGAGAGCUGUCACUUGCAUAGACCUCACCACACUCUCAGGUGAUGACACCCCAUCAAACAUUCAUAGGCUGUGCUACAAAGCCACACAUCCAAUCAGCGAGGAUCUGUUGAGAGUUAUGGAUAUGCAUGAUAAAGGUAUUACUACUGCAGCUGUCUGUGUGUAUCCAGCUAGAGUAGCUGAUUCAGUUAAAGCACUUAAGGCUGCUGGAUGUAACAUACCAGUAGCUUCAGUGGCAACUGGAUUUCCAGCUGGACAGACUCCUUUGCAAACCAAAUUGGAUGAGAUUAGAAUAGCAGUGGAAGAUGGUGCAAGAGAGAUUGACAUUGUAAUCAGUAGAACACUGGUGCUGACUGGCCAAUGGGAAGGUCUUUAUGAGGAGAUCCGCCAGUUUCGUCGGGCCUGUGGAGAUGCUCAUAUGAAAACAAUCUUGGGAACAGGAGAGUUGGGAUCACUUACCAAUGUGUACAAAGCCAGCAUGGUCGCUAUGAUGGCAGGUUCUGACUUUAUUAAGACCUCGACAGGAAAAGAAGCCGUGAAUGCCACCCUGCCUGUAGGAUUAGUCAUGCUACGAGCCAUUAGAGAUUUCUACUGGAAAACCGGCAACAAGGUUGGAUUUAAACCUGCGGGAGGUAUUCGUACUGCGAAGGAUGCUCUUACCUGGCUAAUGCUGAUGAAGGAGGAACUAGGGGAUGAGUGGCUAAAACCCGAACUCUUUCGUCUUGGUGCAAGUAGUUUGCUGGCAGACAUUGAGAGACAGAUUUACCAUCAUGUGACUGGCAGAUAUGCAGCCUACCACAACCUCGCAAUGGCUUAGACAUGAGAUUGACUCUAGAUUACUUUUGUAAGAGACCUGUAAAAAAAUAAUAUCCUGAAGUCUUUCCUGAAACAAUGUGCAUAUGAAAAGAUUAAAAGGCUAAUUUUGCCCCUUCAUUUUUUCACAGUAUUUCUAAAUACACUCAUAUCUGCUGGUGGUGCUUGAGUCAACAGAGGAAGUAGAGGAGAGGCAAUUCUGAAAGAGUUAAAGAUUCACAAUGGUAAUCUUGCAAAAUCUCUUUCAGACCAGCCUGAAAAGCUUAUUAAUAGCAACACUGAAAUACUAUGAAAAAGAUUUAAGUGGUCUGGUAACACUUUCCCGGAGCAGAAUAUGUAGUAUCUGUGGAGUGUUACAGAUCACUAAUUAAGAGCUACAGAUCUUGCUCUGGUUUUCCAUUUAAAUUGGUCUGCAGCUUUUGCCACAGAUAUGUUGCUGUAUUAAUUGUUAUGUUGAUUAAAUUUCAGGCAGUGUAAUCUAAGAACAUGAAAUGUGGCUAUUACUCUCUUCUACAAAAAAAUGUCUUCGUAGCUAAAACCAAUUUUUUCAAACUUGAGUACCAGCCAUUUAGGUGCCUACAUCUAUAUUUAGACCUCCAGAAUAAAAGGGGCUUGAUUUCCAUGAUAGCUGAGCAUCUAUGGUUGCUUCUGAAGUUAG